AUGGUAACCGCAGAACGCUUCCGGACUCUUGACAAGAUUGUCAAUGAGAAAGGAAUGCUCCGAGAGGAUGCAAUUAUGCGUUCUCCAUCUCCGGUUGCUUCCGGCUUGAAUCACACUCUGGAUGGUGGUCCUCCUGCAAAAUGCAGUUGUAUUGAGGAGAUCCCCGACAUUGAGAUGGCCACCGGCCAACAGAACGAUCUUGAUCUUCUGUUUGGAGAUAGCAAGUUUGCCCAGGCUGAACCAGUCAAUUGGGAUGAGGUCGUCGACUUCAGCACCCUUCUGGAGGAGAUGGACACUCCUUCCGCCAAAAGGCAACCAGAGCGUGUAAUCACCGCCGCCCCGGUGAAAUGCUGAGGGCGUGCUCACAACUUCUCAGUGUGUGAAAGAUGCGAGGGCUUCGGGGUGGACAGAGCACCAGUAUCACAACUCUCAAUAGACGCAGAUUCAAUAGUCGCGGGAGACGAAGUCGACGGCAAGAAUUUAUAUAUAG